AUGGAAUUAGACAGUUUGGCUCUUAGAUAUGUUACAAACACAAGCUUAUGCUCAACAAAAGCCAUGCAGAGUUUUACUCCAGCAUGUGGAUCUAAUCACAAUGAUAAGCAUUUCGGGCAGAGUCAAAAUCGAGUUCAGUUACUUAUUGGUAAAUGGUUACUCACUAGAUUAAAGGCAGAGAAUGUCAGUUUCGAAAAGGAAGAAGUAGAGGUAUACGAUAAUGCCAACUAUAGUAUUUGGUACUCGGGAGAGGUUAAAAUACUUUCUUCUAUUUUGGAUUGUCAGGGCUUUAUUCUGAUGGUUCUUAUCUCAGACUUCAUCCAGAUCCGAAGAAAUAGACUAAGAUCAAAUGUGGAGAUUUCAGGUAAUCUAAUUCUUUUAGAAGGUUCCAUCCAAGAUAUAAGUUUGGAUAUAUACAUGCUUUCUUCAGUGAACAAGGACUUGUAUUCCAACAAUACCAAUGUUUUUGAAAGUUGCAUUCCUGGUAAAACUGAUAAUAUUUUCCAGAUUGAAACAGAAGCUGAGAAUGUGACUCCCACCGAGGAAAGUUUGGUCUUGAGUCGUUUGCAAGUAAGCUACCUCAUAGGGCAUGAAGGUCAGAGGAUUGAAUUUCUCAGAAGUGAAGCAGGUGUCAAUAUAAAGAUUAUGCCAAUUGAGAAAAGGUUAAGCAAUUUCGAUCUCAAAAACCCCCGAAAUACAACUCAAGAAGUUAGAAUUUACGGUAAACUACAGAAUGUACAUCGAUGUAUUGUUUUGAUUGAACAACACUUAAGAAUGUUUAGUGUACCGCGCCCUAGGGAUAACAGGUUUUUUUAG